CGGCAGGAACAGGCGAUGGCAGCUCUGCAGGAGAAGAAGUCGUGCAGCCAGCGCAUGGAGGAGUUCCAGCGCUACUGCUGGAACCCAGACACCGGGCAGAUGCUGGGCCGGACGCUGUCCCGGUGGGUGUGGAUCAGCCUCUACUACGUGGCCUUCUACGUGGUCAUGAGCGGGAUCUUCGCGCUCUGCCUCUACGUGCUGAUGCGCACCGUCGACCCCUACACGCCCGACUACCAGGACCAGCUCAAGUCGCCAGGGGUGACCCUGAGGCCGGACGUCUACGGGGAGAAAGGCCUGGACAUUUCCUACAACGUGUCUGACAGCACGACCUGGGCGGGGCUGGCCCACACCCUGCACCACUUCCUGGCAGGCUACUCGCCGGCUGCCCAGGAGGGCAGCAUCAACUGCACAUCGGAGAAGUACUUCUUCCAAGAGAGCUUCCUGGCGCCGAACCACACCAAGUUCUCCUGCAAGUUCACCGCAGACAUGCUACAAAACUGCUCCGGCUGGCCCGACCCCACCUUCGGCUUCGCGGAGGGAAAGCCGUGUUUCAUCAUCAAGAUGAACCGGAUCGUCAAGUUCCUCCCGGGUAACAGCACGGCCCCCAGGGUGGACUGCGCCUUCCUGGACCAGCCCCGGGACGGCCCACCCCUGCAGGUGGAAUACUUCCCUGCCAACGGCACCUACAGUCUGCACUACUUCCCCUAUUACGGCAAGAAAGCCCAGCCCCACUAUAGCAACCCGCUGGUGGCCGCCAAGCUCCUCAACGUGCCCAGGAACAGGGACGUGGUCAUUGUGUGCAAGAUCCUGGCGGAGCACGUGAGCUUCGACAACCCCCACGACCCCUAUGAAGGGAAGGUGGAGUUCAAGCUUAGGAUCCAGAAGUAGAAUUUGCAGCCGUGACGCUCACGCGGGCCCCUAAGGCAGCAGCGGUCCAACCAACGAGACCCUAAAGGACUCACCUCUUCCACGUGGGCAUCACCCUUCUUGCUGUAAUUUAUUUUUCUGUCCGUUAAUAGAAAGACUAGCAGUGUGU